GGCAGCUCGGUCGCUUGUGCGUUCCGCUCCGGCUGCCCUCUGCGCUUGGACUCACUUCCCUAUCUGUAACGAGGUGGUGAGACGAGGCGGAGUUGACCUGGAAACCUCUCCUUGGCCACUGUCCUUUCUAAAGAACUCAUUUCCAGAGUCCACCAGCACAGAACUGGUGGGGGAGCCUCCUAGGAGCAGAGAAAAUGGCCAUCUUCAGGCAGCUGUCCCUAGGCGCGAAGGCCACCCUGGCUGCCGUCACUGUCUUCGUGUCCAUGAUCGCCUCCCGCUCGUAUCUGGCAGACAGCCUUGAGCUCAGGGCCUGGCGUUGGCUGCUUCGCUUGCAGCUUGCCCUGUUUGUCAACUCGCUCUUGCUCAUUGGCUCCCUCUACAUUUGGCGCAGCACAGUUAGCAACCUCUGCCACUCCCCAGCUGCGGAGUCGACCUGUUUUCAGCUUUGGAAGGUGGUGGUUCUGGCAUUUCUGGCCCUGGCCCAUUCCAGUUUCUUCACCAUGUUUUUUUUAGUGGCUGAGGAGCCCUAUCUCUUUUCCUUGGCAGCCUACUCCUGCCUGGGUGCUUACAUCAUCAUGCUCUUCUUCCUCUGCAUCCUCAGCGGCAUGGAGCAGGCCUACCAGCUCUUGGCCUGGCGCAGUGGUAGGGUCGUGGGCAGCCUUGACAAGACAAGGAAGCUGGUGCUCAGGCCUGCCCUGGCAGUGGGAGUGACUGCUGUGCUCAGCGUGGCCGGGAUUCUGAAUGCUGCGCAGCCCCCGGCUGUGAAAACUGUGGAGGUGCCCAUCCAUCAGCUGCCCGCCUCGAUGAACAACCUCAAGAUCGUGCUCCUCUCAGACAUUCACUUGGGCCCCACAGUGGGCAGGACCAAGAUGGAGAUGUUUGUGGGGAUGGUGAAUGUGCUGGAACCAGACGUCACCGUGAUCGUGGGUGACCUCUCCGACUCGGAAGCCUCGGUCCUGCGGACGGCUGUCGCUCCUCUGGGCCAGCUUCAUUCACGUCUCGGUGCCUACUUCGUCACAGGCAAUCAUGAGUACUACACGUCAGAUGUCAGCAACUGGUUUGCACUUCUGGAAUCCCUGCAUGUCCAGCCUCUUCAUAAUGAGAACGUGAAGAUUUCCGCCACACGGGCCCAACGUGGUGGUGGUGGCAGUGGUGGUGGGAGUGAGGAUGAGGACUGGAUCUGCUUGGCUGGGGUGGACGAUAUUGAAGCAGACAUCCUGCACUACUCUGGCCAUGGCAUGGAUCUUGACAAGGCCCUGGAGGGCUGCAGCCCAGACCAUACAAUCAUCUUGCUAGCUCACCAGCCCCUGGCUGCCAAGAGAGCUCUCCAGGCUCGGCCAGAUAUUAACCUGAUCCUUUCUGGGCACACACAUGCUGGGCAGAUCUUCCCCUUGAACGUAGCAGCCUAUCUCCUGAAUCCCUUCUUUGCUGGUCUCUACCAAGUGGCCCAGGCUACAUUCGUAUAUGUCAGCCCGGGCACAGCCUACUACGGGAUACCCAUGAGGUUGGGUAGCAGGGCGGAGAUCACAGAGCUCAUCCUGCGGCGGUCUCCCUGA